UAAGUCGAUGUAGAUCUACUACUACUACUAAAAUUUUGAGAGUAAUCUAUAGAAUCUAUUCUAGGCUGUCUAGGUCUAGAUCUAAUAAAGAGACCAUUGAAAAAAAAUAUUCCAGCAUGCAAGAACAACUUAAAGUUUGGAUAUUAACAAUGCCAGAGAUUUACAAAUGAGACAAAGAAAUUUCAGAUUUAUAUGUAAAAUAGCUCAAAUGGUGAGACUUGGUUUCAUUGUGAUGACAGUAUGUAUAAACAUAACUAUUGCUUAUGAAUGGACUUGGCUUAAGUUGCCAAGAAAACACAUUUCAUAUCAUUUUAACACUAACCCUCAGUUGAAAACCAUGUGUGCAGAAGAUAUAUCUUGCCCUUACAAAGACUGUAUAAAUGAAACGAAAUGUUGGGGAUACGAGCCAUUUUGCAACUCAUCAAUACAUAUCAGUCACUUAAACUGCCCAGGGGACAGUGAACGUUGGACAAAAACAAAAGAAGAACAGUUUAAUAAAUUCUGGAUAACAGCAGACUUUGGCAUGAUCUCAGAAAGACUCCAGGAAAUGACAACACUAUGCAAGCCAGUUGAUGAGAAUGACUCAAGUCUUCAAUGUGUCAAGUAUCUAAGAUAUUGCCAAGCCAAAAAUAUUUAUUUUAACUUCUCCUCUGCCAACAUACUAUCUGGCAAUGAUCGGAACCGCUAUCGUGAAGAUAUUAUUAAACCAGGUCAAGUAGGAGGUCACUGUCAAUUAGAUGUCAACAUUUUAAAGUCACAGGGCGAACAUAAAAGUCCAUUGCAGUCUUGGUAUGCUGAACUAGAACACUACACAUCUCUAGAGUUUUAUCCUCUUGACUCGAAACAUUGUGACCUAAUUUUGGACAAGCCAACAUAUUUAAUUAAACUUGAUGCUGGAGUGAAUAUGUAUCAUCAUUUUUGUGACUUCAUCAAUCUCUAUGCAUCACAGCACCUUAAUAAUUCUUUUAGUACAGAUGUCAAUAUAAUCAUGUGGGAUACAAGUCCAAUGCCCUAUGGAGAUUUCUUUAAGAUUACAUGGAAAGCCUUCACAGAUCACCCAAUUAUUGCUUUAAAAGAUUUAGAUGGAAAAAAUGUGUGUAUCAAGGAUGCUGUGUUUCCCUUGCUGGCCAGAAUGAGAUUUGGUCUGUACUACAAUAUGCCUUUGAUCCCUGGUUGCCAUGGUAGCAGUUUAGUGAAGACUUUCAGUGAGCAUAUUCUCCACAGACUCAACAUUUUACAGACUGGACCAUUGAGAGAACAGAUUCGUGUCACAUUCCUAGUUCGAAAUACUCAAUACAGAAAUAUUUUAAACCAAGUUGAGUUAUGGUCUGCAUUGAAAACAGGUGGGGAAUAUGAAGUAACUGUUGUUGAUUUUAAUAGAAAUAUGCCCUUUGAGGAACAGCUAGCAAUCUCUCACAACACUGAUAUAUUUAUAGGCAUCCAUGGAGCGGGUCUGACACAUUUAUUAUUUCAACCAGACUGGGCUGUUGUGAUAGAAAUUUAUAACUGUGAAGAUCCAGGCUGCUAUUAUGAUUUGGCUAGACUUAGAGGUAUAAAGUACAUGACAUGGGAGAAUAAAUCUAAAAUGACUCAAGAAGAUGAGGGACAUCACCCUACUCUUAGGGCCCAUGCUAAAUUUACCAACUUUGCUUUUGACGUUAAUGAAUUCAUGAGACUGAUUCAUAUUGCAACUCAACAUGUUCGGAACCAUCCUGCCUACCUUACUGCACAGAAAGACAUUGCUGACAGAACUGUAAAAUAUAAUUCUAGAAAUAUUAUUAAAGAUGAACUUUGAUGUUUUCAAUUUAAAAGUAGACAAUUAAAAUGUAUUUAAUCAUUUAUUACUGUGUAUCAUUUAUUUGUCAACUUCAAAAGUAAUAUUAAAAAUAAUAAAUAGAA